AUGUCUUUCGGAAAGACCGUCACCCUCAACACUGGUGCGCAGAUCCCUCGCAUCGGCUAUGGUACCUGGCAGGCUAAGCCUGGUGAGGUCGGCAACGGUGUCUACGAGGCUCUCAAGGCUGGCUACCGCCACCUCGAUCUCGCCAAGGUCUACGGCAACCAGCGUGAAGUUGGUGAGGGUAUCCGCCGCGCCAUUGCCGACGUCCCUGGCCUGAAGCGCGAGGACAUCUUCAUCACCUCCAAGCUCUGGAACACCUCCCACCGCCCCGAGCACGUCGCUGCCGCUCUUGACGACACUCUUGCCGAGCUUGGUCUUGAGUACCUCGAUCUCUACCUCAUCCACUGGGCUGUUGCCUUCACCCCCGACGCCUCUGGCCCUCUUGCCAACCUCUUCCCCAAGGACCCCGCCGACCCUGAGCAGUCUCACCUUGACAAGGGCGUUUCCAUCACCCAGACUUGGAAGGCCAUGACUGAGCUCUCCAAGGACAAGGCCCGCGCCGUCGGUGUCUCUAACUUCACCAUUGAGCAGCUCGAGGCCGUUUCCAAGGCCACCGGCGUCGUCCCUGCCGCCAACCAGAUCGAGCGCCACCCCCGUCUCCCCGGCACCGAGCUUGUCGACUACUGCAAGUCCAAGAACAUCAUCAUCACUGCCUACUCUGGCUUCGGCAACAACACUGUUGGCGCUCCUCUUCUCGUCACCAACCCCGACGUUGUUGCUAUUGCUGAGCGUCUCUCUGCUGCCCAGGGCAAGACUGUCACUCCCGCUCAGGUUCUCCUCGCCUGGGGUGUUGUUGGUGGCCACACCAUCAUCCCCAAGUCCGUCACUGCUUCUCGCAUUGUCGAGAACUUCCAGGAGGUUGAGCUCGACGAUGAGGCUCUUGCCACCCUCAAGAAGCUCGGCGAGGAGCCUUACCGCUUCAACAUCCCCUUCACCUACAAGCCCAAGUGGAACGUUGACUGCUUCGGUGAUGUUCGUGAGAAGGAUGCUGCCACCAAGACCGUCAUUUCUCUGUAA